UAUAUUUUUCUAUUAAAUUGCUAUAUUCAUACUUUUGUAUUUUUGUCCUUCUACCCUAAACCCUCACGGUGCGAUUGUCUGUUUUCUUUCUCCGCUUCCUCGGAUUAUUCCUCAUAUAGCGUAUAGCUGUAUCUCUGCGACUUCGAGAAAAAGAUGCCUCUAGGGCUCAUUAUAGGAAUAGGAAGGGCAUUUCGAAGAAAGCGAACUUCUUCACUUGACAUUCUAUCAUCAAAACGUGCUCCUCGUGGCUAUUACAAGGGCAAGAAUUGCAAGCCUACUGGUUUCCAUACCCGCAAAGGUGGGUAUGUAUUGAUGCAAGAAAAAUUGCCAAAUUAUGUAGUUCCUGAUUUGACUGAUUUCAAGCUCAAACCAUAUGUAUCUCAGUGUCCUAUUGAACUCAAGACUUCCGAAGCUUCCCAACCGGCUAAAUAACCAAAUUGAGUAGUAUAAGAUACUUUGUAACUGCAGAUAUUUUUCCCUGAAGAGGACAUGCCCUUCGUUUUGUUGUUUGUUCUCGCUUUUUUUGAACUGCAACAUCUUGAGUUAUUGUCUGGCACAAAUAUUUGACAUCUCGAUUGGAUAUUAAUCUAUUAUCAAAUAUCAUUCAAAUAUGUAAUGCGAUGAAUGAUUUGAACUAUCAAAAUUAUCAACAAAAUUUCAUGUUUAUGAUUUUUGGUUA